AGCCUGGGAAAGCAACUCUUCCCCCACAGGUGAUGACGACAAGACAUAGCAAAUUUCUUUAGGGUGCUCUUUAAACUGCAGAGUCUUUAAAGUGCAGAGUCCCAAACUAAUCAAACUAAAAGUACAGUAUACAAUUUUACAAAUACAUCAACCUUGGUUUAGACUCUUGGUACAGACUUUUAGUCAAUUUUGUCACAGACGAUUGACGGUAACCCAGAGAAUUGCGUGUAACUGUUUCUUUUUCUUUUUCCCCAUUUCCCAUCUCCUGAAGUUCCAGAUGAGCAUCAACAGAUGUCGUCCUCUUGGCUCCUCCAUGACAAUAUGCACCAUUUCUGCAAUGAGUGUGGAAAGAAUUUCAAAACUGCGUCAGCACUGAAGGUUCAUCGGAAAAGUCAUACCAGAGAAAAGCCUUAUGCAUGUCUCACCUGUGGGAAAGGUUUCUCGCACGCAUCCUCCUGUAGUAGGCACCGGAAAUCUCAUUCUGUAGAAAAUUCCUACCCUCAGUGUGGAAAGCCGUACAGAAAAGUGUUAACACUAAAGGAUCACCAGAGAAUUCAUACCGGAGAAAAGCCUUUCCGCUGUACUGAGUGUGGAAAAUACUUCAAACACCAGUCACACCUGAGAGGCCAUCAAAGAACUCAUACUGGAGUAAAGUCUUACGUUUGCUUCACCUGUGGGAAAGGUUUCUCACACUCGUCCGAGCUGUAUAGUCACCAGUAUACGCACUCUGUAGAAAAGCCCUAUACCUGUUCCAAGUGCGGAAAGUACUUUAAAUACAGGUCAAUUCUGAACUUACACAUGGUGCAUUGCAGGAACCUGUUCCUGUUGCAGACAUCUGGAAAUGUUCCAGAUAAGCCCAGACCGAUGUCCCUCGACAUCACAAGCACAUCUUCUCGGCCUCAGAAAACACCCUACGCCGGCAAAAGUAACUCGUCAAGCCAAACAUCUCUAAAGAUUUCUGCUGUUGAAUCGAGGCAGCACUGCUGCUCGACCUGUGGCAAGAGCUUUGCUUUAAAAUUAAAGUUUCUACAACACUUGAAGCUCCACCGCGACUGCAUGCCCCAUGGCUGCACUGAGUGUGGAAAGAAGUUCAGAACGUUGUCGGCACUGAGGAUUCACAUGACAAGUCAUACCGGAGAAAAGCCUUACAUAUGCACCGUCUGCGGGAAAGGUUUCGCUCACGGAUCCUCCUAUUACAGGCACCGGAAAAAGCAUUCUUUAGGAAAAAACUACCAUUGUUUCGAUUGUGGACUGGAGUUUAGAAAAGAGUCAACACUAAAGGAACACCAGAGAAUUCAUACCGGAGAAAAGUCUUUCUGCUGUACUGAGUGUGGAAGAUACUUCGAACAAAAGUCACACCUACUUCUCCACCAAAAAACUCAUACUAAAAUAAAGACUUACGUUUGCCUCACUUGUGGUAAAGGCUUCUCACACUCGUCCUGGCUGAAUUUGCACCUUCUUGUGCAUUCUGUAGACAAAGGCACUUUAAAUACAGGUCAACUCUGAUGGUACACAUGGAGAAGUGCAUGAACCUGCUGGAGACAUCUGGAAACACCUCAGUUCUCCAAGUAACUUUGCUAGGAAUCCGAGAGUUGUUGUAAAAUGCAGAGAUUACAAAGUGCAGAGUAUUUCCAAUAAAGUUAAUAAUUUUA